UCACUUCCCUCCCACUACCCAACAACCUCCGCGGGGACCCCCGACCCGAGCCCGCACCACACCACCGCCCCAAGAUAUGAGAAUGCUAUGAUCCCCUUUCCUCGCCUCCUCCCACUGCCUUCGCCGUCACAUGCGCACAAGAACCCGCGUCCAGGCCCAGCCAUGCUGCCGCCGCCGCUUCCAUGAGCUCUGCCGUCAUUUCAUCGCCACGAGCAGCGGCAGCGGCGCCCGCAGUGCCUUCCUAAUCCUGACCGGCCUGUGAGCUGCUACGACCUGCGCGCGCCUGCAUUGCCCCAAGAAAGCGAGGAGGAGGCGAUGGCCGCCGCGAGGAGGCUCUCGGAGCUGCUGCAGGAGCAGCAGGAGCCCUUCCUCGUCGAGGCCGCCAAGGCAAGGCGACCCCGGCGCGGCCGUUGCGCGAGCGGAGGCGGCGCCGGCGGAUGGCUGGGCUGCUGCCCAGCCGCCGCGUGCCGGCGGCUGCUCAGGCUCUGCAGCCACGGGUUCAAGAAGCGGAAGAGCGGCGGCGGUGCCGGCGGCGGCGCGGGAGUCGGGAGCGGCCUGCGGUCCGCGCUGAGCAAGGUGCUGUGCGGCCGGGCCGUUCGUCGGGUGCUGCGCUGGGAGGAUCUCGGCGCCGCCGGCUGCUUCUCCGGCGCGGGCGCCGGCUGCGGCCGCGAGUUCCGCCGCCUGCGCCGCUCCCUCGGCGACAGCGGCGAGUGCAACCCGCGCGCCAUGGUGUUUGCCGAGGAUGACGCGGACGAGGAGGAGCGGAUGGGGUGGAAGGCCGACGUGGACGUGGACUCGUCGCGGCAGCUCAGCCCGGUCUCCGUCCUCGAGCUGCACUCCGACGACGACGACCAGUCGCCCGUGCAUUCCCAAUGGGAGGACGAGAAGCCAUCGACCUCCGGGAGUUCACCACCCUCCGAAUACUUCCUGGGCCCGGCCUCCCCGUGCUUCAGCUUCAGCUACAACCUCCACGACAAGUUCUGCGAGAUGGAGGUGGACGAAACCGAGGACGAGGCGGUCAGGAACGGCAGGUCCAUAGAGGAGCAGAUCUCGUCGUGGGAGAAGAUCGCGGGGGACAUCUCAAGGAUCCCGGCGAUGAUGGAGCUGGACCUGUCGCGGUCCAUGCGGCAAUGGCGGGAGAUGGAGCCGGAGGUGAGGGAGAUCGGCGCCAGGAUAGAGACCCUCAUCUUCGAGGACAUCAGGAGGGAGACCGUCUGCGACAUGCUCACCUCGCAUUGUACAUUGGCGGCGGCAGCAACAUCUUGUUGAUCGGAGAGGGAGAGGGAGAGAAACUGAUAAGGGUUUGUUUGUCAAAAAGAAAGGGAAAAAAAUAUUAGUAGAGGAUGUGUACAAUUUGAGGCAGGCUCGAUGUGGAAUUCUUUUCCCCCCAGACUCCAAAGCCUAGGACAGCUGCUCUCUUUCCUGCAUUGGGUUCCAUGCUGAGUAGUAUAAAUUCUGCAAAUAUGAUAUUGAUGGCAAAAGGACAAGCUUUAAUCCUUUGUUAA